UCGGCCUGAGGGUCGGGAGCACUAGUUGGCGGCCCUCACUCCGUCGGCGCCGGACUGCAGACGGAGCCGGAGGAAGCGCAGCCCCGCGCGGCUUUGCCCAGCCGUCCUUUCGCAGACCCAGGGAAGGGGGGAGGGAGUGAAGGACGGAGAGAGAGUUAAAACAUCAGCUGAAGUGCCAAGAUGAUUUAUGAGACGAGGGAAAAUAUUUCAUAAAGAUCUCCCGGAUAUUCUGUACUUAACCAGUUAGGAGACAAAGGGCUGCUCUUGCCUCGCGCGUGCGAGCGGACCCGGGCGAGGGCUGCGGGGGCCCGGCCGGCGGCUCUGCCGGGAGUGGGGCCAGACCGGUGCAGCGCCGCCCGCCCGCCCGCCCGCGCAACCCGGACCUCAGAGCCGGCAGGGGCGGCGCUCGGCGGCUCUGAGCCUCUUCUCUCCAGCCGGGAGACUGCGUCCAGCCUCCCGCGGCCUCUGCUCCGCCGCAGCCUGCAGCUCCUCAGCCUCUUUCCCUGCCCUCCGCUCCCCAGGUCUGGGACCCCAGUUCCCGGGCUCCACCGCCAUCCGUCCGGUCCCACCGAGGCAGUCCUGAAGUUGAGUUUUCGAGGCGACACGGCGGCGGCGGCGGCCGCGCUGCUCCCGCUCCUCUGUCUCCCCAUGGAUAUGCACUGCAAAGCAGACCCGUUCUCCGCGAUGCACCCAGGGCACGGGGGUGUGAACCAGCUUGGGGGGGUGUUUGUGAACGGCAGACCCCUGCCUGACGUGGUGAGGCAGCGCAUCGUGGAGCUGGCCCACCAGGGCGUGCGGCCCUGCGACAUCUCCAGGCAGCUUCGGGUCAGCCAUGGCUGUGUCAGCAAAAUCCUGGGCAGGUACUACGAGACUGGCAGCAUCAAGCCUGGUGUGAUCGGUGGCUCUAAGCCCAAAGUGGCAACGCCCAAAGUGGUGGACAAGAUUGCUGAAUACAAGCGACAGAACCCAACCAUGUUCGCCUGGGAGAUCCGUGACCGGCUCCUGGCUGAGGGCAUCUGUGACAACGACACGGUGCCCAGCGUCUCCUCCAUCAACAGGAUCAUCCGGACCAAAGUCCAGCAGCCCUUCCACCCGACGCCAGACGGGCCGGGGACGGGAGUGAGUGCCCCCGGGCACACCAUUGUUCCCAGCACGGCCUCCCCUCCUGUUUCCAGCGCCUCCAAUGACCCGGUGGGAUCCUACUCCAUCAAUGGGAUCCUGGGGAUUCCUCGCUCCAACGGUGAGAAGAGGAAACGUGAUGAAGAUGUGUCUGAGGGCUCAGUCCCCAAUGGAGACUCCCAGAGUGGCGUGGACAGUUUGCGGAAGCACUUGAGAGCUGACACCUUCACCCAGCAGCAGCUAGAAGCUUUGGAUCGAGUCUUUGAGCGACCGUCUUACCCUGAUGUCUUCCAGGCAUCAGAGCACAUCAAGUCAGAGCAGGGGAAUGAAUACUCCCUCCCUGCACUGACCCCUGGGCUUGAUGAAGUCAAGUCAGGUCUGUCUGCAUCCACCAACCCCGAGCUGGGCAGCAAUGUGUCAGGCACACAGACAUACCCCGUCGUGACCGGUCGAGACAUGGCAAGCACCACUCUGCCUGGUUACCCCCCUCAUGUGCCCCCUACUGGCCAGGGAAGCUACCCUACCUCCACCCUGGCAGGGAUGGUUCCUGGGAGCGAGUUCUCCGGCAACCCGUACAGCCACCCCCAGUACACCGCUUACAACGAAGCCUGGAGAUUCAGCAACCCCGCCUUACUAAGUGAGUCCGCCGCCCGGCUGGCCUCGCGGCCUGGGGGCCGGCUGGGUCGUGCGGCGCAGCGGCCAGGCCGCCCCUGA